UCAGAAACAUAUAACAGGAAGUCUUUGUCAAAAUGAUGUACAACUAAUUUGGUGCAAUGCUGCUGUUCAGAUAUUGACAUUUUAUUGACUACAGCAAAUUCUGGUAUUGGAGAUACAAGUCCUGUCAGCACAUAAUUUUCUGCUGUCAUCCAUGCAAAAUGUCAGAGAUACACGAGCACUGGAGGUACUUUUCAGGCAUCUGUCGUGCACAGCACUUUACUUUCUUCACAGGAUACAGAAGCAUGCCGCUGUAUGGGUACAAGUCUUCUGAAUUCUGGGGACACUAUUUUCAGUGCUGUUGUGCACUGUGGCACUGGAUGAACUGCUAUGACAGGAGGUUAAGGCGAACAGGUCCAGCACAUGGAUCAAGCAAACAUGACCUUAUCAGUGCUCCACAGCAUUCCCGAGUGAAUGGUUGGUCGUUACCGCUACAUGUUUUCCAGCUUAUUGCAUGGUUACUUUAUACGUACUUUGCCAUUGUAGGCUUUGGUAUCUAUAUACCUCUGCUGCCUUAUGGAUGGAAGUAUGCUGCCUAUGUUAUAAUUGGCCUGAUUUUCGUCUAUCACUUUGUGGUUCAUUUAGUAGCAGUCUCCAUCGAUCCUGCAGACCCCAACGUGCUUGCCAAGAAGAAUUACAAUUCUCCUAUGCCAGUUCUUGACAGGAAUAUACAUCCUCAUGCUAUACAAAACUUGCAUUGCUACCUAUGUGAAGUGAAUGUGGAACCAAAAGCCAAACACUGUAGUGCCUGUAAUAAAUGUGUCUCACGGUUUGAUCAUCAUUGCAAGUGGCUGAACAACUGUGUUGGAGGACAGAACUACUGGUUUUUCUUCAACACAGUAGUCUCUGCUGUUUGUGGGAUCUUUUCUAUGGUGAUAGUGAUCCUUUAUGUUUUUAUCCAGCACUUUGUAAACCCAGCUGAACUCCGUACAGAUCCCAAGUUUCAAAGUGUUAGUGGAAAUAAAACAUGGCUGGCCUUCCUUCCAUCUGCUCCUGUUGAGACAUCAUCUGCUGGCAUCCUGGUUAUAGCAGUCAUUACACUUGUGCUGAAUGUUGCAUCUCUGCUUCUACUUGGGCAUUUACUAGGGUUUCACAUUUACCUUUUGAGUAAGAAGCUGAGUACUUAUGAAUACAUCGUACAUCAGCGACACAGUCAGGAAAACAAGGAGCACGACAAGAGUGUACAGCCUGCACCACCGCUGUCGGCCAGGAUGGCAGCACUUCAGACUCUAACAGCAGCAGCAGGUCUACAGACAGAGACUGAAGCAUUAUCUUCUACAAGGAGCAGUGCCUUCAAAUGUCCAGAUCAAGUUUAUCAUGUUGAGUCAAAUGGAAUGUUUGCAGAGCCUUCCGACAUGAAUGAUGUCAUGCAUGUAUCCUUGUGCCAACAGCAAGCAGCAGAGAAAACGCCAGACCCUGCCAUGUUAGAGAAGACAGAAGAGAAUGGUGGAAAUCUGCCAGCUGUUUUGAAACUAGAAACACUUGUGCCUUCUCAUGGAGAUCAAGAAUCUGAAUGCAAACGACUAUCAAAGAAAUUUCGACAACCGAGCUUGGAAUCCAUAGAAGAAAUCCCUACUGUUCAGAAUCCUCUUGGAAGUUCUAUCAUGAGCAACAUAGGUGCACUGUACUCUGCUGAUGUAGAUAAGAAAGGUGAUAUAGCCAAUCAGAACUCUACUUUACAUAAACCUCAGACUGCAGCAGAAACAUCAAAUUUCUCUAGAAAAUCCUUAAGCCUUAUGAUGAGGACUUCACAGACAAAACUGGAUACUGAAUUUCUACAAGGAGGAACAUUACAGCUUCCUUCACCUCAUUUUAUUGAGAGUCCUACAGAUGAUUCAUUUUCAUCACCAGUGAGGUCCCCACGGCCUAGUGACAUACCUCCUCUGCCUCUAAGGAGUAGUUCUGUUACUGCUGGAUCAGGGGUUGAUACUGCAGUGGUUUAGGUUUACCUCACUGACCUUGUGAAGAACCCAUGAAUCCGUCAAAGGAAGUCCCUGCAUCUAUAGCUUAAAAGUAGAGACGAGUUAUUGCCUGACAGUAGCAAAUGAUGCUAUCACUGAAGCUAUCUUAAACUUCAGUGUUACAUUGUUAAAUGCUGAUUUGUGUAUGCCAUUGAAAUAACAUGAUCAGGCAGAAGUUCUGCAGUAUGCACAAAUUAUUUGUGGUGUAUAAAACCAGUCUGGUAUUCCUUAUGGUACGUACAAUAACUUCAUGUUAAAAAAAUGUUCCGUGUGAAUAAAGUUAAAAAAAAUGGUAUGUUAAGAAACAACUCUUGGACUACAAUUAUGACUAUAAUUUCUCUUAUUAAUAGUGAAAUUUAUACAACUGACAUUGGUUUAUAUAUUGCCAGAAAAAAUUAUAAUUUUUUUAUGAAAAAGUCUAAAAUGUAUCUCAUAAAAGUUUAACAUUUUCAUAUCUUCAAUGUGCCUUUGAAAUUUUGUAAGAUGUAAAGUCUUUUUUCUGCAGUCAGUCAUUUAAACAGAAAUAUUCACAAAAUGAUAAGCACAACUAUAUGGAGGGACAUGCACUGUUUAAUUUUCCAAGGCCUGGGUUCUAUUGGUCAAUUUAUAUCUCCAUGUGCAUCAGUAGCAGUUAACCCAUUAUUUAAAAUGGAAAAGUACAGAAAAUCUAGUUUAUUUAUGUAUAAAAAUAUAUGUUUCUACCUAUUUAAAUAUUGGCGUAUACAUUUAAUGAGAUAUUUCUUUGAUUAAAAAUUGGCUGCAAUUUAGUCAGAAUUAGAUACUUGUUUUAUGGUUUGUAGCAAUAAAUGUCCAUUAUCUUAUAA